GACGUGAUUGGACAACUGCAGGAGAUUAUCUGCCACCAUCAAGCCCCACCGAAGGAGCGAAAUCAAAGUACCUGUACAAGCAGGUCGACUGCUCGAAGCUGAAACACGUCUCUCAUUGUGGCAAGUCCGGCCAAGCUGGCUGUGAGAACACCUAUGAGAUCAACAGUGGAGUUGGCUACACCUGCCUUUGGGACAAGGAAAUCUGGCCUCCGGCGGCUUGGCAGUUCAGCAGAAUCUUCCUCUAUGCCUGGAGGACUGGCCCCGCACCUGCGGCCCUGGCACUCGCGGAGCUCCUGAUAAGUGCUGGUAGUCUUUGUGUCUGA